ACAUAAUAAAUUUAAAUCAUUCACCUUCUAACAUUCCAACUAUAAGCAUCUCUUGCUCAUAGUCAAUCAAAUUAAUCAAAAUUAAUUUAAAUCAAUAAAAAAAAAGUUGUCAAAAAUCACGUGUGAUUUUGAAUUAAAAAAAAAAUCAACAAGUAGAUUGGCACAACAACAACCAGUUAGUGUCAUUGCAACUUUCGAAGUCAGUACACCGAUUUUUUAGCAGCUCUUAUUUUUGUAAAAUGGCUUCUGGUAAAUUAGCUUUAUUAAGUGUCUCCGACAAAACGGGUCUCCUGCCCUUCGCCAAGGAUUUACAACGGUUGGGAUUAAAACUUGUUGCCAGUGGAGGCACUGCAAAAGCAUUACGCGAUGCUGGCUUGCAAGUACGUGACGUCAGUGAUAUUACGGGAGCUCCCGAGAUGCUUGGCGGACGUGUCAAAACGCUCCAUCCAGCUGUACAUGCGGGAAUUUUGGCUCGCAACGCAAAUGCUGACGAAAUCCACGAUCAAGGAUACGAUUUCAUCCAAGUUGUCGCCUGCAAUUUGUACCCAUUCGAGUUGACAGUUGCCAAGGCAGAUGUUACUGUUGCCGAUGCCGUCGAAAAUAUCGAUAUUGGUGGUGUGACGUUGCUCCGGGCUGCUGCCAAGAAUCACGAACGUGUCACUGUUGUAUGCGAUCCGCAAGAUUACAGCGUUGUGGUGAAGGAAAUCGAGGCAAAUGGCGAUACUUUGAAGGAAACGAAGGAAAGACUUGCUUUAAAGUCGUUUACGCACACCGCAAAUUACGACAAUGUAAUUUCAGAUUAUUUCCGCAAGCAAUAUUCUGCUGGACAAUCGCAAAUUAACUUACGUUACGGCAUGAAUCCGCAUCAAAAGCCGGCUCAAUUGUAUACGACGUUGGAAAAACUGCCAUUGACUGUCGUGAAUGCCAGUCCAGGCUUCAUCAACUUGUGCGACGCCCUUAACGGAUGGCAAUUGGUGCGAGAACUGAAACGCGCCUUGGGUCUUCCAGCAGCUACGAGUUUCAAACACGUUUCACCGGCCGGAGCUGCUGUUGGAGUGCCUUUGACCGCAACUGAGGCUAAAGUUUGCAUGGUUGAUGACGUUUUGGACACCUUGACACCCUUGGCAGUUGCUUAUGCACGUGCUCGUGGUGCUGAUCGCAUGUCAUCUUUUGGUGAUUUCGUUGCCGUGUCCGAUGUUUGUGACUUGCCAACUGCCAAGUUGAUUUCCCGGGAAGUUUCAGAUGGUAUUAUCGCACCCGGAUACACUCCAGAAGCUCUCGAGCUUUUGAGAAAGAAGAAAAAUGGCGGUUAUUGCGUUUUGCAAAUCGAUCCAAAUUACGAACCAAGUCCCGUCGAACGCAAAACUCUCUUCGGUCUUACGCUUGAACAAAAACGCAAUGAUGCCGUUAUCGACAAAUCCCUCUUCCAAAACGUCGUUACAGCAAAUAAGAAUCUCCCCGAAUCUGCCGUACGUGACUUGAUUGUCGCGACAAUCGCUUUGAAGUUCACCCAAUCAAACUCCGUGUGCUAUGCCAAGGAUGGUCAAGUAAUUGGCAUCGGAGCCGGACAACAAUCGCGCAUCCAUUGCACACGUUUAGCUGGCGACAAAGCCGAUAACUGGUGGUUGCGUCAACACCCAAAAGUCCUGAACAUGCGAUUCAAGGCAGGCACAAAACGUGCCGAAGUUUCUAAUGCAAUCGAUAAUUACGUUAACGGCACAGUGGGCAAGGACAUGCCAAUGAGUCAAUUUGCCGCCAUGUUUGAUACGGUUCCCGAAUUUUUGACGGAACAAGAACGCGUGGAGUGGUGCAGCAAGUUGACGGGCGUUUGUUUGGGCUCGGAUGCCUUCUUCCCGUUCCGCGACAACAUUGAUCGUGCCAAAUUGAGUGGAGUCUCUUUCAUCGGAAGUCCCGCUGGAUCUACGAAUGAUGCUGGCGUCAUCGAAGCCUGCAAUGAACAUGGAAUUGUAAUGGCUCAUACGAAUUUGAGACUUUUCCAUCAUUAAAAAACAAAAGUUUUUUUUUAUAAUUUCUUUUUUUUUAUUGGAACUCGUAUAAAAUACUGUUUAACCAUCUAAGAUGUCCUUCAAUCUGAAAUAAAAAUAAAAACAUUUUUUAAAAAAUAA